CACAGGACAACAGAAAACAGUUUCAGCUGAGCAUACUAACACCAAGUUGCCAUCCAAAAGGAGACAGGAACACGCUGACCUGCCAGCGAUGGAGAGGGUGACAAGGCUGUCAUCGGAGAAAGCGGUGGUGAUCUUCACCGUGAGCAACUGCCCGAUGAGCCACUCGGUGACAAGCCUCUUCUCGAGCCUCGGCGUGGGCGCCGCGGUCCACGAGCUGGACAAGGACCCACGCGGCCGCGACAUGGAGCGCGACCUCGCCCGACGCCUUGGGCGUACGCCGCCCGUCCCCGCAGUCUUCAUCGGCGGCAAGCUCGUUGGCUCAACCGACAGGAUCAUGUCCUUGCAUCUCAGUGGGAAGCUCGUGGUCAUGCUCAAGGCUCUGACCAUGGGCUCAAGGCUCGUGGCCGCCGGAGCCAUGUGGCUCUGACCAUGGGAGCAAGCAACAGCACUUCAUCCCAGUUUUGCCAAUUUUCCCACCUCGCAUGCAAGCAUGUAUCGGCUGCGCUUAUAACAUAAGUAGGGCAAUUUCGCUUGUGCUGGUUAUUGGGCUUGUCGCCGCAUCAGCAUAGAGUAGUUCCUCUUUCCAACAUGACGGGAACACGAGAAGUUUUGUUUUGUCGUUGGCGAGAUAACUGUGUGAGUCUCUCGAAUAACACAUACUUCGUCUGUUUUAAAA